AAAGCAUUCAACUGAUGGUCGAAGUCUUCUUUACCUACCAAUCACCUCCAUCAUCGGUCAAGAUGGUACUAGAUAGCAACUUAUUCACCUUGACAUUCGAAAGAAGGAAUAGAAAUCCAAACAUCUUGGAUCUGAUCCCAUUCUCGUCUUCUUCGCUGCAAGACGUUGCUUCGGGAUCAUCUGGAACGACUUCACCUCUCUAUACAUUCUCACGUGCAAGAUCAAAUCAUUAUACCAUUCGGUUGAUCGAUUCAUUGACAGACAUAGUUUUAGCAAGCAUAGAUUGUCCUGCUUCCACGGAUAAACUCAAAACAAUUCACCUUUACAAUCCAAAUGACGAAAUCGUAUUAGAGAAAAAGGGUAUGACAUUUCGGCAAGAUUGGAGAUGGACUUGGCAAGAGAACGAAUUCAGCAUACGUAGAGAAGGUAGACAAAUAAUCGUAGAAGCUAUUAGAAAACCUGACCCAGAAAUCGACAUAGCUCGAUACACACCUCGGACGAAGACGAGACCGGCCACUCUGCAAAUCCUGGAUUAUAAUGUGCAGAGGCUAGAGGUGGAAGACAGACGAGGCUUGGAAAUUGUUACCAUCUGCGCUGCUUGCCAUCUAUUAGACCAAGAAUAUGAUGAUAAUCAUAAAGAAGGCGGAAAUAUGUACUUCGACGGAGUAAUGCCAGCCUCGACCUCCUCCAAUCCACCAACGGCAGCUGCUUCCACCUUGUCUUCCAGCAAUAGUGCCAGUCAAGUCGCAGCAGAGCCGAACGAAAUCUUGUUGGAUUUGCAUGUUCCUAAUUCAAACUAUGUGGAGCAUGCUUUAGACUUAUUGCGUCAAGAUGAAACCGGUCAGGGAUUGCAUAUGAUCAUUAUUCGAGCCGACUCACAAGAGCUAACAGCACGAGCAGUUCGAAUCGCGGCAGAAAUCAAGGCAAGAUGGUACAAACUACCAGCUAUUGUCAAAGGAAGAACAUUGGACCCAAUGCCGGGAAGUUCUAGUGAAACAGCAGAAGAGUUGUAUCAAUAUGUUCGCGAUCCAGCCUUAGACCAACAAAAUGCAAAAUCACAAAAUGAGUCAAAUAACGGCUAUCUGGAUCCCAACGCUGGUCCAAGAGGAAGAAUAAAGUUAGGUUCUCCAAUGCAGAACAGUGCUUCGUCCUCAAAAAAAUCUCCUUCGCCUCAACCAAGCAACAAGAGAGCGUCAACUUUUGUUGCCCCACCUACCAAAUUGGAUAUUUAUCUCUCAAAAGAUCGUAUUGACGAAUUUGAACGAUCAAAAUCCUCUACUCAACCAAGCCCCAGACCCGCUUCUCCGGCGAUGAAUACACCACCAAGCAUACCGCCUAAAAUGUCUGCCGGACAUGGCCAUCACCAUCAUACGUCUAGUGAUGGAGGUGCAAAACGUUUAUUGGGCAAGCUGGGCUUUCGCAAGUCCGAUCAAUAGACU